AAAUAUUGUUUUGAUGUCUAUUUUCCACGUCCGCAUCCAAAGCCCUUACUUCAUCGCAUUUCCCCCAAACCAAUCCUCCAAUUUCAUGUCCGAUUCUAUCUAUCUUAAUCCAACCCUAAUAAUUCCGGGAAAAAAAAAAAUUCAAUUACGAUAUAUAAAUACAGUACGGUUAUAGAAUUUUGCAUGUAUGGGGGCAGCGGGGUCGAAACUGGAGAAGGCGCUCGGAGACCAAUUCCCUGAAGGCGAGCGAUAUUUUGGCCUCGAAAAUUUCGGCAACACUUGCUAUUGCAACAGCGUUCUUCAGGCUCUUUAUUUCUGUGUUCCAUUCCGCGAGCAGUUGCUAGAAUAUUAUUCAAAUAACAAAAGUCCGGCUGAUGCAGAUGAAAAUCUCUUGACGUGCCUAGCAGAUUUAUUUACACAGAUAAGCUCGCAAAAGAGAAAAACUGGUGUAAUUGCUCCAAAGCGGUUUGUACAGAGAUUGAGGAAGCAAAAUGAAAUUUUUCGUAGCUUUAUGCACCAGGAUGCUCAUGAAUUUCUCAACUAUUUGUUAAAUGAACUGGUUGACAUACUGGAGAAAGAGGCUCGCGCUUCUAAGAGUGAUCAAGAAUCUUCAUCUCCAUCGGAAAAGAUUUCUAAUGGACCAAAUAAUAUGUCUGCUAAUGGUCCUCAAAAGGAGCCUAUAGUCACUUGGGUGCACAAAAAUUUCCAGGGUAUUUUGACAAAUGAAACGAGGUGCUUACGUUGCGAGACUGUGACAGCAAGAGACGAAACAUUUCUGGACUUGAGCCUUGAUAUUGAACAGAACAGUUCUAUUACAAGUUGUCUAAAAAAUUUUAGUUCAACUGAGACUUUAAAUGCAGAAGACAAAUUUUUCUGUGACAAGUGUUGCAGUUUACAGGAGGCCCAGAAGAGAAUGAAGAUUAAAAAGCCACCUCACAUCCUGGUCAUUCAUUUGAAGAGAUUUAAGUUCAUCGAACAACUUGGCCGGUAUAAAAAGCUAUCUUACCGUGUCGUCUUCCCUCUCGAGCUGAGGCUGAGCAAUACAGUUGAGGAUGCGGAUACUGAAUAUUCCCUGUUUGCUGUGGUAGUCCAUGUAGGGAGUGGUCCGAACCAUGGACACUACGUCAGCCUCGUGAAAAGUCACAACCAUUGGUUAUUUUUUGACGAUGAGAAUGUGGAGAUGAUUGAGGAGUCUGCUGUUCAGACUUUCUUUGGUGCAGCGCAGGAGUAUUCUAGUAAUACAGAUCAUGGCUACAUUUUAUUCUACGAGAGACUCGUUUGCUAGUAGCACUAAUUGACAGAGGGAGAGCUCCAAUUUUAGUAUGACAUAAUAUUUCCAACUUCCAAGCAUUUUUUUCUUUUCUUUUUUUUUUUUGGUCCUGUUUUCUGUUAUUCCUUGUUACGGGAAUUUUUUAUAGUAGUGGCUUGUGAUGAAACUUUUGAGCAUAUACUUGGGUUUUCUGUAAAGUUGAUAGUGAAGCUCAUUUUCCUUUUUACAAUAAGCGAGAUAAAUGUAUUCCAUUUAUAGAUAUUUCACUGAUUCUGCAGUGGAUUUUGUUUGUUGAUCCACUGUAUUCUUGCUAUGUUUUUCAGAUUUUGCUGAAUGUUGUCUACUAAUCAUUAAUCA